UAUACAAAAUGUUUCCUCAUGCUCAAUGAGUGUUAGAUUUGCUUCCACUUCUCCCAAAAAAUUUGAAGUUAUUAAUGUUCAGGAUGAAGAAGACUUCAAGAAAAGAGUUAUUGAUUUAAGUACUGAUACACCAGUUGUAGUUGAUUUCCAUGCAACAUGGUGUGGCCCAUGCAAAUUGUUGGGGCCUAGACUUGAAUCUAUACUAGCUGAGGGACAGGGCAAAGUUGUGAUGGCUAAAGUGGACAUUGAUGAAAUUUCAGAGCUGGCGAUGGCAUAUGGGGUCAAAUCUGUUCCAACUGUUGUUGGCAUUAAAAAUGGGAAAGUUCUAACACAGUUUAUUGGUUUGGUUGAUGAUGAUCAAAUUCGUACAUUUGUUAAAAAAUUGGUGCUGUCGUGAUUAUCCUGAUUUUCCAGAGAUUAAAAAAAUUGUAUGCAACAUUUUGAACUUAAACUGAACUUGAAUUUCCAAUGUAUUUUGUGUAAAGAACCUUUUAAUUUUAUACAUUGAGAACAUUUUUGUAGA